UCAAUGAAAGAAAGAGCACUGAGCGCGCGCAUUCAGACAGCUUUAUUUCAGAAAGUUUCCCGCUAGUUUCUCUAAUAUUUAUUUAUUUACGUUUCCCCCCUCUGUGGUUUAAAACGCGAUUGUGAAGGGUAUUUUAGCUUCACUUUAAACGCUGAGACUGAAGAACUCCAGGGAGAGAAGAAAGAGUUGAAAAUGUGUGAUCAGAGAUCAGUGUUAAUGCAGAUCCCAGAACCACAAGCCAAAAUCACAGCUGUCAGAAGAUCCUACAUGGAUAUUUUGGGGUCUCGUCCCGCUGCAGACACCAUGAGACGCAGGAAACACACACGUGCAUUGGACCCAGGUUCACACAGAUGCUGGACGACUGACCCGCAGAGAGAUGAUGUGGACACCUGUCAGACGUCCGGCUCAAAACAGCUGCUCAACAGUCUCAUACUCGCCGAGCAGUCGGUUCAGAUGGUGUCCAGCUCGCUCACAUCUGACCUGAAGAUCUUACUGGACGAUCUGCAGCAGAAGAAGACCAGUGUCUACAGAUCCAUCCCAUAUUCACGCCUCGGAUCCAACCGGGACGCUCACUGCUUCAGGAAAGCUCGGCCUCACUUACUGGCUUUCAAGCGUUCGUGUCGUGAAGGAGGUGUUUUGCUCCUACAGAAUGCUGAAUGGGAGAUACUUCUGGAGUUUGUCGUGUCGGCGUGUCGUUUGACCAGCGAGCUGCCGCAGUGGGAUACGAGCAUACACAACACGCUUCAGCAGCACUGCUUCAACACGCUAGCGGAGUUCUGUACCGCCGCGCUGCAGAAACACAGACCCGCGGCCCGCAGAGCACGACAACUACUGCGCAGGUUUAAAGCGGCUGCGGUGUCGAGUCGAGGUGUUUGUUUGUGUUUAGAGGAGCUGGAGAGAAUCCUGCACGAAAAAUCACCAUCACAAACUCAAACCGACCCAUUAGAACCUGAACAAAACUUCAGUCACAUCAGCACUUUGCCCAAAAUACACAAUAUGAAACUCUCUCUUGAUGAAAUCUAAUGAGCGAGUGCCGUCAGUGGAAACAAGAGAACUUCCAUCAUGAGGAGUGUCGACUGUCUCGUCGCAGUACUUGAAUUGUUUUAAAAUCAUUUUUAAACUUUAGUACUGAAUUUGUUGUGCAACUGAAUUGUAAAUGUAUUUGUAUGUAAAUGUGUUGUGAUUUGCUCUUUUUAAUUGUUUGUCUGGAUCAUUUUGAAGUAACUGAAUGUCUGUCAGCAGCAUGUGUAUCGUGUCAUUUCAACAUGUCUAUAGUGUAAAACACGUUUACAGUAAACAUCAAGAAGAGGGCUUCAGUUUCCUGAAAUACAGUAUCAGUGCAUUUUAAAAUCGUGGUUUCAAGGCCUGGAAAAGUCAUGGAAAUUUCAAUAGUAAAUAUACAUUUUUUGUUUUGAAAUAUUUUAAUGUAAUUUUUUUGGGUGUAAUCUAUACAAAAUUAUAUUUUUAAAUCGUCCAAUAAAAUCACAAGUAAGUCAUGGAAA